AUGGCUAGUGAGAAGAACGACGCUAAUCCUGCGGACUCUGACAGCAGCGUCGGCACAGGCAGCGCGAACCGCGUGUGCCGCAUUUGCUACCAAAGUGGGAACGAAGAACGCGGUCCACUCGUGGCUCCGUGUUCCUGCAAGGGCUCCAUUGGCUUCACGCACAAACCAUGCCUGGAACACUGGCUGCGACAGCGCAACACGGACCAGUGCAACGUGUGCCUCGCCAAGUUCAACAUCCGCAGGACGCCUGCCCCACUGUACGCAUUUUUCCGAGUUUCUGAGAACCGCAUGGACGUGAUGCGCAUGGCCGUCAACCUGUUGUCCUGUGUGGGUGACGUGCUCGUGCUGGGCUUAGCCUGGACCUACGCGGCUAAAAUUCUGGGCAGCCAGGGCUGGUUUGCCUACACCAUUAUCCUCCUGGUGCUCCUCUUCCAGUCGCUCUUCUGGUUGACUGUUGAAGGAAUACGGGCAUGGUAG